AUGGAGGAGUGGAGGAAUCUGGCGUUGGCGGCGGCGGGUGAAAGCUUAGCCAACACCAUGACCCGCCACAUGGGUGUAGCGGAGGCCAUCGCUCGCGCCGGCCAGCGGUACCGCCUGGCCGCCGAGGAGUGUCGCGGAUUCGGCCAGGGCGUGCACCCGACGCCCAACGCCGGCGAGCGCGCUUCAGCAGGCGGCGACUUCGUCGACCUCGCCAUCGACCGGAUCAAGAGCAUCAGCAGGUUCCACGCCGUGCGGGGCAGCGUCUUCUCCCUCUGCGUCCGGCGUAUCGGGCUCCAGGGCAUCGGGCUCCACGGCGACGAGGCCCGCCACGCGGAGACGGCGAUGCUGUCGCUGCGUUCCGCCAAGUCGCACGGCCAUGCGGCCCUCCGCGUCUUCGAGCGCAUGCUCAGGCCGCCGUCGCCGCAAGCGGUCGCCCGCGCGUGGGCGCCCGCGGCCGAGCAGCUCCUGCGCCGCGCGAUCAACAAUCUGGACAUGGCGGCGGCCUCCGUGGGGCGGAUACGCCCGGCCAUCGUCGUCGAGUACAAGUACGCCCGGAAGCUUCUGAAUGCCUCCAUAUAGGGGUCGCCGGCUGCGAAGCACCAAUCUCUCUUCUGUUUUCUUCACCAACAUAUUCGCUGCAGGAAGGAGUUGACCUCUCCUCGGUGUCGGUUUUCCGUCGAUCGAGCUUCAGGUUCAAAUUGCCAUGUCGAUCCGUGAUUAGGAGGCGCUACUGUAGUUUCAGUUUGCGCUCAAAGAAUCGAUGUAAUGCUCGGUCGGUCGGUGGAUCUCUUGAAUCUUGAUCAGUUAGUUAGAUAUACAGUUGAGGACAUCUCUUCUUGCUUGAUUGGUAGUACUAAAUCUCUAGAAUCUUGAUCGGUUAAUGAG